UCAUCCAUUUUUCCAGAUCCAGUCCAUAACACCAGAGUGGAGCGCAUGUGGGUCAACACUAAUACCGGGUUCUCCAACAAGUGGAAGGCAUUUUUCCAGAGUCUUGAACACCAUCAUUCUUUGAAUGCCCACCUCAACCGACACAUAUGGCUCCUGCACCACCUCUUCCUUAAACACGUCGAUUCCGAUGCUCAGACCUGGGCCGAACACUGGAAUAACCACAAGAUGUCCCUCCAAUGA